AUGGGAGAACUGAUUGAGCACGCGACCUCUUUCAGAAGGACGGCAUCAACUCUCAAAAACGAUGCUUCAUCACGGUCACAUGCUAUAUGUCGCAUCCGGAUCAGAGAUCCAGCCACUUAUUCAGAUGGACUUCUGUAUAUGAUCGAUCUAGCCGGAUCUGAAGGUGCUCGCGACGUUGCUGUGCAUGGGGCAGACCGCAUGCGUGAGACGCGCGAGAUCAACAUCAGCCUCUCAGUGCUAAAAGAUUGCGUUCGUGGCAAGGCCCAAGCAGAUACUCUCACUUCCUCGGGCAGGCGGAAGCCGGGCCUGAAAUUGCCACAUAUACCGUUCCGACAAAGUGCCCUCACAAAGGUCUUAAAGCACGUUUUUGAUCCGGCUAGUACCCGAGCGUGCAAGACGGUCGUGAUAGCUUGUGUCAAUCCAAGUCUUGCGGAUGUUGGGUCGAGCAAGAAUACGCUGCGGUUUGCGGAGAUGCUGCGCGUACUGGCUCCGGCGACUAAUAAGACGGAUCUUGAUCCCAAGGCUCCCAUGGAUUGGACGAAUGCGCUGUUGAAGGAGUGGAUCAAAGGAAACUCUGGUACCCCUCCAAUCUUACCAAAUGUCUUAGCUCCUCGCGAAUCAGGUGCCCAACUGUUCAUUCUCUCAAGUUCAGAGUUCGAGUACCGAUGUCAAAAAUGCCCCGGCGUCAGGCCCGAGCAAGCCAGAGCCUUUCGUGCGAAGUUAUGGCAAAUGCACAUCGAUUCACAGCAGAAUAGCGAGCCAUCGAAGAAUAUAAUCAGAUCGAGACCCACCGCGUCGGCGGAACCUGACACCAUACCUGAAGAGUAG